AUGAGAGCUUUAGCGCAAAUCUACCACCUUCAUAUUUCCAACGCUUUUGCUACAAAGCGAGAUUUAUUUUAUGAACAAAAAGCUCUUUACGGUAUUCAACGAAAUCUCGAUAAAAGCAUAACCAGUAUUUGCGAACUGAUCGGCGUGAAUCGCUUUAAAAAUAAUGUGUUAUCUUCUGGUCGCGGUUUAGUUGUUGGCUCAUUAAAAAUCGAAUAUGCAGAUCGCGUUGUCGAUUGUUCUAUCACUCCAUUUAUUUUAACGCAUUUUUCACGAAACAUUCGGUUUCAUUCCUCUGCCGGUUUUAUUCUUAUUGUCGAAAAAGAUGCGACUUUCCAAAAACUUAUUCAAGAAGGAUUUUUUUCUACUUUUUCUAAUGCGAUUUUAGUUACGGGUAAGGGAUAUCCUGAUGUCCUAACUCGAUUAUUUCUCAGACGUUUGGUUGAAGAUUUGCAUUUGCCUAUGUACGGCCUUAUGGAUAAUGAUCCACAUGGUUGGUUUGUCUCAGUUUUUCUUGGAAUAUAA